AGCUAGAUCGUCGCCAGCGCGCAAUGAAAUUGGAAAUUGUUAAAAAGCCGGAUAUCGACUGUAGCGAGCUGAGCGGCGCAUCUGGCAUCUACAGUAUAUACGUAUAUCCAGGAGAACAUAACCAACAUAACCUCUCGAAGAGUAGAUAACCCGCUAUCUACGGAUGAACUGUCAAUUCCGGUGUUUGCAGAGGGGCGUGUUUUGCGAGUGUGAGGAGAGACCGGGGAAAUUCGUGUAGACUGAUCAGAGUCCGCGAAUUUCCGUGAGCGGUGCAGGGACACGCUCGGGGAUCACUCGAACGUUAGUAUCUCCUUUAAUAAAGUUUAAUCUACGACCGCGCCCGUCGAGCGUUGAGCGUCAAGUUCCGAACCCCGAGCCCGUGCUCACCUCGAAUCUCCGCUUAUCGUCGCGCUGUCCUUCAACACUCCCAUUUCGCUCAAUCUCAUUCGCCGUUGUCGAGCUCUGCCGAGCUUCCCAUUCUCACUCCCGCGACUUUUCAUCUCUCUUUACAAGUGGCAAGCGCGAAAUGACGGAGGUCCAUAACUUGGGUGUCGAUGCCAUCAGUUGUCACGCAUGGAACAGGGACAGAACCGUUGCUAUAUGUCCGAACAACAAUGAGAUCCAGGUGCACAAACGUACUUCUUCUGGAUGGAAAUUACUGGAGACCUUCGAGGAACAUCACAUGACCGUUAUGGGAAUUGACUGGGCACCAAAGACCAAUCGCAUAGUCACCUGUUCCGCAGACAAGAACGCCUAUGUGUGGACGCAGAAAGAAGAUGGCAAGUGGGAUCCCGCUUGGGUUCUCUUGCGAAUAAAUCGAGCUGCUACUUGUGUAAAAUGGUCUCCUCUAGAAAAUAAAUUUGCGGUGGGCUCAGGGGGACGAGUUAUAGCUGUUUGUUACUUUGUAUCAGAGAAUAAUUGGUGGUUAUGCAAACAUAUUAAACGUCCAUUGAGGUCUACGGUAACUACCGUUGACUGGCAUCCAGACAACAAGGUUUUGGUCGCUGGAUCGACAGAUUAUAAGGUCCGUGUCUUCAGUGCAUUUAUCAGUGAUAUGGAGGAUGCUCCUGGUACUAGUUCUUGGGGGCAAAGUAAUACCUUGGGAACAUUGUUGGCAGAGUUUCCUAAUACACCUAAUGGAGGUGGCUGGAUACAUUCAGUUGCUUUCAGCCCAUGUGGCAAUAAAAUCUGUUGGGUAGCACACAAUUCAUCAAUAUGUGUCGCUGAUGCUACUAAAGGAAACGCAGUCAUGAGACUGUAUACAGAGCAUUUACCAUUUUUAAGUUGCAUUUGGAUAGGUUCUAGUAACAUUGUUGCCGCUGGGCAUAGCUGUAUGCCAAUGUUGUAUUCUGUAGAUGACAAUGGACAAAUAUAUUUUGUUUCAAAGCUGGACAACACGCAAAAAAAGGAAAUUGCCGGAUUAUCCGCUAUGCGAAAGUUCCAGUCGUUAGAUCGACAAGCGAGGAACGAGACGAACGAUAAUGCUUUGGAUAGUGUGCAUCAAAACACAAUCAAUUGUGUUCGCCGGGUAUCUGAUCAUGAAUUUAGCACAAGCAGUUUAGACGGCCAACUCGUAGUUUGGGACUUGAAGCUUUUAGAGAAUUCCAUUGCUGGUCUCAAGAUAGCGUAAGCAAACUUUUUUUUAUAUUGCAAAGAUCAGAGAUAUUACAUCCAAUACAAUGAUGUAUAAAUGUUAAAAUGAAUACUAUACUACAAUUUCUCAUUAA